UGCUGCUGGAGGCGGGCGGCCCGGAGGACACGGUGACCGACGUGCCCUUCUUCACCACCGUCAGCCAGGGCUCGGACAUUGACUGGGCGUUCUACACCGAGACGCAGGGGAACUGCGCAUUCGCCACCGUCAAGCAGAGAGAUCUUUGGAUCCAGGGCAAGGUUCUGGGAGGCGGCAGCGUGCUGAACUACAUGAUCUACAACCGAGGCAACCGACGCGACUAUGACAAUUGGGCGAAAGGGGGCGCCACGGGAUGGUCAUAUGAUGAAGUGCUGCCGUACUUUAAGAAGUCCGAGGACAACACAAACAGAAGCCUCGCAGAAGAAGGCUAUCACGGCUACGGUGGAGAGCUCACUGUCAGCUCUACACCGUUUCAGACACCAGCUCUACAUGCUUUUCUCAAGGCCGGUAAGGAGCUUGGCUACGAGGUCAAUGACCACAACGGAGCUCGGCAAACAGGCUUCAUGGCUAACCAGUUCACCGUGCGGGGUAAAGAGCGCUGGUCGACGUCGAAGGCGUUUGUGUUGCCCAUCUCGGGCAAGAAGGGACGCAAAAACCUCCACGUGUCGAUCUUCUCCAAGGUCACAAAGAUCCUGUUCGACGGAAUGCGAGCGGUGGGCGUCACCUUCAAGAAGAACCAGCGCAAGCACACUGUUCGCGCAGCCAAGGAAAUUAUCAUAUCUGCAGGGGUCAUCAACUCACCCAAGCUGCUCAUGCUGUCGGGCGUUGGACCAAAGAAGCACCUCGAAGAGAUGAACAUUCCCAUGGUGGCGGAUCUUCCGGUUGGCGAGAAUUUGCAGGACCAUGCCUUGGCCGCUGGAUCGCUGGUGCAUCUGAACGAGAGCCUCGGCGAGGGAUUCACCGGUAUUAGGGGCGCAAUCGAGUACUACCGGUACAACACGGGACCUUGGACCCUACCAGGCGGCAUCGAGGGCAUAGCUUUCUACAAGACCAAGUACGCUGACCAGAACGACGACUUCCCCGACAUCGAGAUAAUGCUCAACACGGGUCCACCAGCUUCCAGCUACACCGAGCCUUUCCUCAUCGGCUUGGGGCUUAAGCAGGAGGUUUACGACAAGUACAUCUUGCCGCACCGCGGGGAGCCAGCAAUCAACAUGAUCCCCUUUGUGACGCGGCCAAAGUCGAGAGGAUACGUCAAGUUGCGCUCCACGGAUCCUGAGGAUCCCCCGAUUAUCGUCUCCGGCUACUACACGCACCCCGACGACGUCAAGGUCAUUGUCGAAGGUCUCAAGUUCGUUCACAACAUCACAAGGACGAAGGCGUUCGCAGAGAUAGGCGGCCGCGUGUGGAGCGAGGUGUUUCCCGGCUGCGAGGAGCACGAGCAAUACAGCGACGAGUACUGGGCCUGCCUGGCGCUGGCAUUCCCAAAGACGGCGUACCAUCCAGCCGGAACCUGCCGAAUGGGCAGCGACCAUCGGGCAGUGAUCGAUCCCAAGAUGAGGGUUCGCGGGGGCGUCACCAACCUGCGCGUUGUGGAUACGUCGGCCAUUCCGGAGAUGAUCACUGGCCACUUGAACGCGCCGGUUAUCAUGAUGGCUGAAAAGGCGGCCGACAUGAUCCUCGAGGACAACGGGAACGUGGUUCCGGACUCCCCGAGGCUCAACUACCGCGUCCGAGGACCCUCCUCCAAAGGAUCGCAACAAGGAGGCCACUCGGCUGCUCCGGCGUCGACGCAGCCAGCCUCGUGGCCGCUGCUCAGGGCCAUGGUGCCGGUCUUGCUCGCGUGCUUGGCGGUUUCGUGACGCUCCGCUUCGGUGCUGUUGGCGUUGUAGCUAGGAAAUAUUAUGGCGCGAAUAUUGCCUAAUGCCUUUGACCGAAGACAUGAUGGCUGUGCUUUAGCUCUCUCUCUCUCUUAGCCACAUUUCACAACCGUGAAUAUGCCUCGCUAGGCGCGUAGGUGACGAUGCCAUUUUUUCUGCACUGGAGUAGCGCAUAAACUUUGGGGGGUUUCGUGGGGCAACUGUUAGCUUGCUGCAGCGUGAAAACAAUAAUAAUAAAUUGAAUUGUACUCAUGAGAACGAUUGUGGCCUGUGAAAACAUUUUAUUAAAAAUACUUAUACCACUGUACUGAGAGUUGGCUAACACAAAAAACACUAAACCAGAGACAAGCGCUUGUUCGUUUGGUUUAUGUGGACUUUUAUUCUAGUUUGCUAUUGAUUAAUGAAAGUUUGGCGGGAAGAGCAAUAACGUAAUGAACCGAAAGUUGCUCUAAUGCUCGAGUGCUUCAAGCUGUGUGCUCUAAGAAUAAUAUGGUAGCUGGCCUUCAAUAGUUGUGCAGAUAAUCACCUAAAACCACUCUAAAGAUUGCAAAGCACAUGGUUCAAUAGCAAUGUUCAUGCAUACCUACAUCGUCCUGCAUCACCAUUAAAAACAUCAUUAAUAAACGUCCUCUAUUUUGAGAGGAUUCUAAGUUAGGUUAGUUUCGCUUUUAUUUUUUAGGAAGUCGAUUGCCUCGCCAGUAAAUAUGCAGUAAUGCCAAUGUUGUUGCAUAGGGCAAAGCUGGUGCAUGGUAAGAAAGUUCAGUUUACGCUGACAGUGAAUAAUCGUUUUUUUUUUCUCUCCAUGUCGGGUAACUCAAGUCCCAGACAGGAAAUGAGUGGAAUAAUGAUGCAGAGAAGGUUCGGUGUAUGCCGAGUCCAAUUAAAUAAACGCGCCUCUCUAACCGAAUUGCCAAUUUUUCGUAAAUUUGCUACCAGCAUGAAUCGAAGGCACACCCUGUACACUGCAAGGGGGUUUCGCUAGUGAAAUUGUGCUGACUGCGGGCUCGAAAGGACUUUGAGUGGCACCGGCAUUGUGAUGGUAGGAGUACGAGUUCCUUUCAUCGCCGACGAAUGUGUCCGCAAUAUCAAACACAUGUUCUUAGCGAUGCCACCACUGGUAGCAUUAUGUUAAUUUCAUAAUCAAAAUUGUUCCUAGUUUGUCAAGCACCUUUAACUAUUUAAGGUUAACAGCAAUGUACACACUACCAUUUUCGCGAAAUCAAGCACUAAACAUCUCCUGCAGAGCUUUUGAAUCUAUUCUACGACGCUGUAUGCCAACAAAACAUGCACUUCACAUGAAUACAGAUUGUGUUUAUGUCUUAGAAGUCAUAAAUAAAUAGAAAAUGAUUGUUGCGACAUGGCUAAUGGCUGUAUUCCCAUGUUACAAUAACGUGUGCACCAGAUCUCAAGCUCUUUGGCAUGUGACGAUUUACGCGUACUGUCGCUCAAAUUCCUUGGUGAAAAAUGACUUGAAUGACUGCUGCCGAAUUGUCUAGACGUUGGAAGCAUGGAAAUAUAUGCGAGGAUUUAUGAGCCGUUAUACAGGAGAAACUAUGCUCAAACGCACACAGCCUUGCGUUGUGUGUUUCUUAUGUUUGUUUUUACCUUUUCGCAAAUGGAAAGCGUGUUCAAUUGUAUUGAAUAAACUGGCCAUUUUCAUUGCUCAA